AUGAUGGGUAAUCAGAUGAUGGGAAGCAUGGGACAGCAAAUGGGCCAUCCUGGCAUGAUGGGACCAAUGGGCCAAAUGGGACACCCACAGCAUCAGGGGCAUCCGCAGCAGAUGGGAGGAAUGAUGAAUCAAAUGGGAGCUCACGGUAUGGGAAUGGGACAAAUGAUGAACCACAAUCAAGGGCAGUCACAUUUCAAUCCGAUGAACCAAGCGAUGAUGAACCAGCCACCGGCACAAAUGAUGAAUCCAAUGAAUCAAAUGCAAAAUCCAUCUCAAAUGGGUGGACCCCAACAAAAUCCGCCUCAUUCGCAGAUGGGUUCAACGCCUAUGCCAGGGCAGCAGAAUAUGGUUCAACAGCAGCAAAUGAAUCAUGCCCAGGACCAAGAGCGAAAUAGAUUCAUUGCUGAACUGGAGUUCGUCCAGUGCCUUGCAAACCCGAACUAUAUCAAUUUCCUUGCACAAGAAGGAUAUCUAAAAAAGACAGAGUUUCUUAAUUAUCUGAGGUAUUUGGAGUAUUGGAAAGAUCCAAAAUAUGCAAAGCUGAUAAGAUACCCGACCUGCCUUCGUUUUCUCGAGCUUCUCUUGGACCCUCACUUCCGGGAAGCGAUCGCGAUGAAAAAGAACGCCAAAGAAAUUGAUGAUCAGAUUUUGCUGGCUUGGAACAGAAGGCAUCGUAUUCGCAACGAAAGGAUGCAAAAGGCGCACGCGAGACAAGAACAAAACCUCGCAAAUCAAAACAGCAAAUCCGCCUAA